AUGUGGAUCAGUGGCUGGCCCGGCCAAUGUCGAAGAAUGGACGACGGGCAGACAUUCGAAACGAUAAAACGCUUGACCUUCAAUUGUGCUGUUGGUAGAAAUUCAUAUUCAACAGGUAAUCAUCGGAUUCGAAUAAAACUGCAUUAUGGAUCUGCAUUUGUUGGAAUUCGCUCACGCCAUAUACAGGUUGAACCCAACCUAAACAAAAUGUACUGCGGAACGCCUUCUACAUACGGAUGGUACACACAUGGUAGACGCUUUGUCGACGGACAGUGGGAUGGUGAAAGAAUACACAUAUCAAAUGCGGAUGGGGCUGUGAUUGAAUUAACAUUGCAUUGCAAUGAGCACCGACUGAGCAUCGUAAUAUGUAAAGAUAGUAGUGAGCGAGACGAAAUAGAAGUAAAUGAUCUUCACUGUCCUUUUCCGUGGUGUCUAUUUGUUCAAAUUAAUCGCAUUGGAGCCCGUCUAUCACUCGUAUAA